UAGAGGUCUAGCAGUUAGACGGGUUUGUCUCAGAGAAGAAUCUUGUGGAGUUACACGUCAGUCAUUAAAAUAAUGUAGAUUUGACUGAAUAAAAUACUUUUUCAUCGAUUUUGUCACCACGUAAAUAUAUAUUUAUAACGAAGGUAUUGAUCACUAUACGACAAGAUGAUGUCUGAUCGGAAAGCUGAGUUGGAGAGGAAGAAGGCAAAGUUGCAAGCUAUUAGGGAAGAAAAGGAAAGACGUAGAAGGGAAAAAGAACAGAAAGAUGUAGAGGAGGCAACUGUCAGAGCUGCUGGUACAGAUAAAGAUCAGCGGAAGGAGAUAGACGCAAUGCUGUCUUCCUUGGGUGUAGCACCGGUAUCAGAUGUACUAUCUAGUUUAUCUAGUAUGAGUUCGUUAACGCCUGAACAAAGCGCCAAUGCUACACCAGAUGCCAGUUUGCAACCUUCUAGCAUAAAUUCUGCUCAAAGCAGUGCAAGCCGAAGGAAGAAUCGAGAGCUCACAAUCGUUUCUGUGGCACAUACAAACAUUCCACCGAAAGAACCAGUUGUUUACAGCAAGCAAACGCAGACAAUUCAGACAACGCAUACAUCUCACGACGGACUGUCCACAUCGUCCUCUGCAUACACCAUCUACUCCUCCUGUUCAACAACAACACCAACUCACUCUUGCUCCGCAGGCUACUUUGAGACUGACUGGUGGCGUCCCAGGAAAGGUGGGUCUGCACCAAACUACCUAUCUCAUGCAUUCGACUAUUACGACGAGUACAAUCUAAAUCCUGGUUUAGAAUGGGAGGACGAAUUUACAGUUUUGACAUUUGAUGAUGGCCAAGCUGAAGACGAAGAAAAUAGCUUGCCGCACAUGGAUGGUUUCCAAAGUAAGCUUCCACCUGGAAUUCUUCCUCACGGAUUACCGCAAGUUAAGGAAGUCCAACCUGCCGUGACGCAAGUAGAGCAAGAGAAAGAGAAAGAAAAACCUAAGAAAGAAGUACGAGAACUUAGUGAAGAAGAGAAGCAGAUGAUUAUCUUAUCCGAAGACUUCCAACGAUUUCUCGAUCGUACUAGUAGGAUUGUGGAGAGAGCUCUUGGCGAAUCAGUCGAUAUUUACACUGAUUAUACUGGUACUAUGGACGGUGAAGAUGGAAUGGACGAAAAGAGUCAUCAACGACUUUGGCUAAAUCGUUCGUUUAUCUGCGAACGAUGGUCCCGUAAUCGUUGUGUGACCUCCAUGGAUUGGUCGCCCCAAUUCCCCGAGCUUUUAGCGGCUUCGUAUAACAAUAACGACGACACUCCGAACGAUCCUGAUGGAGUGUGCCUAAUUUGGAAUACGAAAUUCAAGAAAACAACUCCUGAAUUUAUCUUUCAUUGUCAAUCACCUGUUAUGUCUACCACGUUUGCUAGAUUCCAUCCAAAUUUGAUCCUGGGCGGCACUUAUUCUGGCCAAAUUGUACUUUGGGAUAAUCGAGUGCAGAAGAGAACUCCUAUACAACGCACUCCUCUUUCUGCUACCGCGCACACUCAUCCUGUAUACUGCUUGAGCGUCGUUGGAACGCAAAACGCGCACAAUUUAAUCAGUAUUUCGACGGAUGGGAAAUUGUGUUCGUGGAGCUUGGAUAUGCUAUCGCAACCGCAGGAAGCAUUAGAAUUGCAUACGAAGCAAUCGAAAGCGAUUGCUGCUACAUGCUUGGCCUUUCCACAUGGUGACGUUAACAAUUUCGUCAUGGGAAGCGAGGAUGGAACGGUUUAUUCAGCCUGCCGACACGGUAGCCGCGCCGGGUUAACAGAAACGUACGAAGGUCAUCAGGGACCGGUCACCGGCAUUAGCGCACACGCAGUACAGGGCGGGAUAGAUUUCUCCCAUCUGUUCCUGACGUCUUCUCUCGACUGGACUAUCAAACUCUGGAGCCUUAAAGAGAACAAGCCGCUCUACUCUUUCGAACACAACGGUGACUACGUCUACGAUGUCGCCUGGUCGCCGACACACCCGGCUCUGUUUGCUGCUGUUGAUGAUUCAGGCAGGCUAGAUUUGUGGAAUCUGAACCAGGAUACCGAAGUACCUACUGCUAGUGUUGUCGUCGAUGGGUGUCCGGCUCUGAACAGAGUGUCGUGGACGCCAAGCGGAUUACACGUCACUGUCGGAGACGACACGGGUAAAAUAUGGGUUUAUGAUGUUGCCGAGCAUUUAGCUCAUCCAAGGAUUGACGAAUGGAACAAGUUUUUGUAUACACAACAGGAUCUAAAGAAUAAUAAAGCAGAUGAAGAAUUGGAUAAACUUAAUCUUAACUCUGGGCCGUCUUCGUUAACAUCUAUGACAUCUAUUUCAUCAGUUCCUCUGAGAUAAAAAGUAUAAUUUUGUUUAAUCAUUUUAAUAAUUUCUUAGUAAAAUUAAUUCUAUUUGCAAUCAUAUAAAAUAUUGAUUAAAAUGUGCUUUGUGAUGAUUUUAUUAGAUGUAAUAUUAAAUGGAUAAUCGCCAAUAUUUUCUACUUUUUGC